UAACGUAAACAAUGGCUGAAACUUUCUGUUUGUCCGAUUUUGAUGCUUAUGGGUUUGAUAUGGAUCAUACGCUUGCUAAAUACAAGCUUGUCAACUUAAUGCAGCUGAGCUAUGAGGCAAUAUGUGACUGUUUGAUUCAGAAGUCUGGUUACAGUCCAAAACUAAAAGAUGAUAUUCACCUACACAAGGAUUUCAUAUGUAAGGGCUUGUUUUUUGAUGCUGCGCGAGGAAAUAUACUAAAACUGUCACAUGAUGGAAAGAUCCUAAGAGCGAGUCAUGGGACACGGAUGAUGUCGGAAGAUGAAAUGAUAUCUGUGUAUGGUACAGAUCUCCAUUGGGAACACUUUCAUGAAGCCCAGCGGGACGUGAAAUGUACAGGAGCUGGAUUUAAAUUUCGGUUCUUUGAGAAUUACUUUGACAUACCUGGAGCAGUCAUAUGUGCACAUAUCGUGGAUACACUGGAUGAGGAGGAAGGUAAACCUCUUGAGCAAUACACAUUUUGGGAAGAUGUCCUGGUUGCCAUGCACACCAAUUUUAUCCCAUCUGCCUUUACAGGAAAUGCUGGAUGGUUUUUCCCUAAAUUGAAGGCAAACGCGAAAAACUAUUUGCAGGAGUGUAGCCAAGGUGUCAAACAAUGGCUCAAAGAUCUCCGACAGAAAAAUAAAAUUGUUUUUUUAAUGACUUCUUCGGGAUAUGACUUUGCAAGUCUGGUGAUGAAUGUGAUACUUGGUGCAGAUUGGCAGUCCUUUUUCGACAUCUGUCUUUUCAAUGCAAGAAAACCUGCGUUUUUUAUGAACAAAACCUCAUUUUUGAAAAUAGAAGGUGGUGUUGAAGAUAUGCCAGUUAAGACCCUCCGAAAGAAUGGCUGUUAUUCACAGGGCAACCUUGAGGAUCUCACAGCAUUUUUAUCCUCGCAGACAGACACACAACAGCCAAAGGUUGUAUACUUCGGUGACAGUCUGUGUUCAGACAGCUACCCAGCCCGAACGUACGCAGGUUGGAGUGUGGUUCUCGUUUUGGAGGAGAUGGAGGCGGAGGGCUAUCACCUUACUCGACACGAUCUGGACUGUGAUGACGAACAGCCUGCCAGUAAAGUUAGGCAGAGACAGGUAAACAUAGAAAUCGAUCCAGAAGAGGAGUCGUUCCUACUGUCAAAAAUGUGGGGGUCAUUUUUCUACCACGAGAAGGAGGAUACCAAGCAUGACGGCUGUAUGAACACGUUCUGGGGGCGUUUAGUAAGCCAGUAUAACGCCAUAGCCAUACCCAUCAUCGAAUAUAUUGCAGGUAUGCCUAUAAGCCAUGUAUACACACGGUUCGGAAGGGAGGUGGGGAGUACAUCUGGGUUCCAUCCAGCCAAACCCAAGCCACUGAUGCCAAGCAAAACACUAGAGAUAUCCAGCUAGGUCUCGGUAUAUUGUAUUUUAGGAGUUUUCCAUACAUUACCCCAAAACCUGCCUAGCGCCUUCAGGGAACAAAUGGCUUCAUCUGCAUUUACCUUUAGAAUAAUGCUAUAAAGAAAAACCAUGUAUUAAAGUGAAAACAAUCAAAACUAAAUGUUAUUUCAUAUGAAGGUAAGACGAUAAAAUAUUUCCAUCCAUUUCUUACACUUUUAUUUAUAAUAUCAAUACCUUGUAUAUAAAAAAUGUUCACUGCUUCAGAACGUUUUUUGUUUUUGUCAAUAUGAGGCCUGUUAUAGUACACAGUUUGGGUAAUUGUAUAUUGAUUUCAGUAUCAAGGAACCAACAUUUUAAAUAUGAUGUCUUAGCCGUAUUUAUUUUUAAAGAAUCAUGCUAUUGUAAAAGUUUAGUAAAUUUGUAAACUUUAAAGAGUUAUAUUUGACAACUGUCAUCAUGAUCGAUAUAUAUAUACCCGAAGUUUAUAUACUGUUCGGAACUCUAUAAAAACAGCGGAAAUGUUCUGAGCCAAAAAUAAACCUUGUUUUUUAAACACCGAACCUGUUUUCUAUUAUCACGCAAAUGUUCAAUUUUCUCAAAAACUGUGUUGUACAUAUUUUGUUUUGAGAUUUAAUGUAAGAAAAGUAAAAUGACUGCAGGCAGCUGUUUCGGUUUUUGAGAUUUCUUGCUUAGUUAUAAGAUCACCUGUAUUUGACAGAACUUGAGUGUGUUUGUUUUUUUGUAAAAGUUAUAUGCAGAGCUGUAUCUGUCAGACAGUUUUAAGCAGUUUUAAUUUAUUUGGUGACUUGCAUUUUUGUUAUUUAAUACUUUUGGUGCUAGUUGCAAGAUAAACACAUAUUAAGCAAUACUGGGAAAGUUUCACCCUGCCAUAUAUUCGCCAUUUGGGCAUGUUAUACUGAAAGACAGAGGUUGCAAGCCUAGGUGAGCCAUCCAAGUCUUUCUGUCCAGAGCCCAAAAUAAACUUUUUUUUUUUUUUUUAAAUCUAUAUUCACUGAGUGUUACUGUAUAGGGGGAUAUUUUUCGUUGCAGUUUAAUUUUUCGCGUUUUUCGUCCUCCCCAAUGAGGGUGAAUUUAUCGUUACAGAGGACAUUAGUAAACAACUUUGUAUACGUAGUAAUUAAACGUGAAUGGACAAUUUGAUACUGGGCAAAUAUGGAUUUUACUGGCGAAGGGCGGAAGUUUGACUGGGCGAAAAAAAAAUCUGGUAUACAGUAAUUCUGCCCUUCACAUAUAUUUACUAUCAUGAUAAAUGUGCCCUCAUUGUUGAGGGUAAAACGGCGAAAGUGAAACUGGAGCGAAUAUUUCCCGUAUACAGAACAUUUACUUCCUGUUUUUAUCUGACGUCACAGCCAACACAAUGUUUUGUGUAAACGAACAUGUAACAAAGCGCAUGAUUAAUUAAAUAUAAAUCACUGCCUCCGGUAGGGAUCGAACCCGGGACCUCUGGCUUACUAGUCUUACGC